AUGAAUACGAAAGUACCAGAAUUUAGCGCUUUAACCAAAGAAUUACCAAGAUCUCUCGAACGAAAACAUCCCAAUGUUGUAGACGCAUUUUUCCGCACAUAUGGUGCUAAACCUGAUUUUAUUGCUAGGUCCCCCGGUAGAGUCAACCUUAUUGGCGAGCAUAUAGAUUAUUGUGAUUUCUCGGUGUUGCCAUUAGCCAUUGAUGUUGACAUGCUUUGUGCAGUCAAAGUGAUGGACGAAAAGAAUCCGUCGAUCACCUUGACGAACGCGGACCCGAAAUUUGCUCAACGGAAAUUUGAUCUACCCUUAGAUGGCUCUUACAUCUCCAUUGAUCCAUCCGUGUCAGACUGGUCGAACUACUUUAAAUGCGGGUUGCAUGUAGCACAUUCGUACUUGAAGGAAAUUGCUCCUGAAAAGUUCAAUGGUACGCCCUUAAUUGGUGCACAAGUCUUUUGCCAAAGUGAUGUUCCCACCGGCGGCGGUCUGUCAUCUUCAGCCGCAUUUAUUUGUGCGGUAGCAUUGGGCACCAUCAGAGCCAAUAUGGGAGUAAGAUUCCAUGUUUCUAAAAGAGAUUUGACUCGUAUCACGGUAGUUGCUGAACAUUAUCUUGGUGUUAACAAUGGAGGUAUGGACCAAGCGACGUCCGUUUAUGGCGAAGAGGACCAUGCAUUGUAUGUUGAGUUCAGACCACAACUAAAGGCUACACCAUUCAAGUUUCCUCAAUUACAAAAUCACGAAGUCACGUUUGUCAUCGCCAACACGCUUGUAGAAUCCAAUAAAUUCGAAACUGCACCCACCAAUUAUAAUUUAAGAGUGAUAGAGGUGACCAUCGCGGCCAGUGCGUUGGCGACCAGGUACGGUGUUGCUUUGCCAUCCCACAAGGAGAAUUCCAAUUCAGAGAGAGGCAACUUGAGAGACUUUAUGGACGCCUACUAUGCCCGAUACGAGAACCAAGCCAAACCGUGGAAUGGCGAUAUUGAAACCGGAAUUGACCGUUUGAACAAGAUGUUAGAAUUGGUGGAAGAGUCGCUCUCCGACAAACAAGAAGGGUUCACCAUGGAUGAUGCUGCUGAAGCGUUGAACUGUUCCCGUGAGGAGUUCACAAGAGACUACUUGAUGAUUUUCCCCGUCCGGUUCCAAGUCUUGAAGUUGUACCAAAGAGCCAAACACGUUUACUCUGAGUCGCUGAGAGUAUUAAGGGCGUUGAAGCUAAUGACAAGCGCCAGGUUUCAAACGGACGAAGAUUUUUUUACGCAGUUUGGCCGGUUGAUGAACGAGUCCCAAGCUUCAUGUGACAAGCUCUACGAAUGCUCGUGCACGGAAACCAACCAAAUUUGCUCUAUUGCCCUUACCAACGGCUCUUAUGGUUCUCGUCUGACUGGUGCUGGUUGGGGCGGCUGCACCGUCCACCUCGUCCCUGGUGGUGCUAACGGUAAUAUAGAACAGGUGCGAAAGGCGCUAAUCGACAAAUUCUACAAAGUCAGAUAUCCUGAUAUCACCAUGAAAGAAUUGGAAGACGCCAUCAUUGUUUCCAAGCCAGCUUUGGGCAGUAGCCUGUAUGAACUAUGA